GCGCGGAGGGGUGGCGGCGCAGGGAGGGGGCGAGCGCGGCGCGGGGGGGCGGCGGCGGGAGCCGCUCCCUCCUUGCCCAGCCCGGCCCGGCAGAGGCGGCGGGAGGAGGAGGAGGGCGGCGCAGAGCGCAGACAUGGCGGCCAACAUGUACCGAGUGGGAGAUUAUGUUUAUUUUGAAAAUUCUUCCAGCAAUCCAUAUCUCAUUAGAAGAAUUGAAGAACUUAACAAGACUGCCAAUGGAAAUGUGGAAGCAAAAGUGGUGUGUUUUUACAGGCGAAGAGAUAUUUCUAACAGCCUUAUAAUGCUUGCAGAUAAGCAUGCUAAAGAAGUUGAAGAAGAGUCUGAAACUACAAUUGAGGUUGAUUUGACUGAUAAACAGAAGCAUCAGUUGAAGCACAGAGAGCUUUUCCUUUCUCGCCAGUAUGAGUCCCUUCCGGCAACACAUAUCAGGGGAAAAUGCAGUGUUGCACUUCUGAAUGAGACAGAAUCUGUGCUGUCAUACCUGGAGAAAGAGGAUACUUUUUUUUAUUCACUGGUAUAUGAUCCAUCACUGAAAACGCUUUUAGCAGACAAAGGAGAAAUCAGAGUGGGGCCUAGAUAUCAAGCAGAUGUGCCAGACAUGCUUGCAGAAGGAGAAUUAGAUGACAGAGAACAGGCAAAGCUGGAAGUAAAAGUAUGGGAUCCAGAUAGCCCCCUUACUGACCGUCAGAUUGACCAGUUUUUAGUUGUAGCACGUGCGGUUGGCACGUUUGCUCGAGCACUGGACUGCAGUAGCUCCGUCAGGCAACCUAGUUUACAUAUGAGUGCAGCUGCUGCUUCCCGAGACAUCACACUGUUUCAUGCAAUGGAUACACUGCAUAAACACAACUAUGAUUUGAGCAGUGCCAUCAGUGUUCUAGUGCCACUUGGAGGGCCUGUCUUGUGUAGAGAUGAAAUGGAAGAGUGGUCAGCAUCAGAAGCUAGUUUGUUUGAAGAGGCGUUGGAAAAGUAUGGCAAGGACUUCAAUGACAUUCGACAAGACUUUCUCCCUUGGAAGUCACUGACUAGCAUCAUCGAGUAUUACUACAUGUGGAAAACCACUGACAGAUAUGUGCAGCAGAAACGUCUGAAAGCAGCUGAAGCAGAAAGUAAACUGAAACAAGUAUACAUCCCCACCUACAAUAAACCAAAUCCCAAUCAAAUAUCCAGCAACAAUGGGAAACCUGCUGCAGUCAAUGGAGCAAUGGGAGCCUCUUACCAGGCACAGGCCCCAGUAAUAGGUCGGGCUUGUGAAAGCUGCUAUACUCCACAGUCUCACCAAUGGUAUUCUUGGGGCCCUCCUAAUAUGCAAUGUAGGUUGUGUGCGUCUUGCUGGAUUUAUUGGAAAAAGUAUGGUGGCCUGAAAAUGCCCACACAGACAGAUGAAGAUAAACUGUCUUCCAGCCAACCUACCGAGGAAUCGCAUGUUAGAACUCACAUGUCCCGGCAGGCCACACAGGGAACUCCAGUUCGUAACACUGGAAGUCCAAAGUCGGCAGUGAAAACACGUCAAGCUUUCUUUCUUCACACGACGUGUUGGACAAAACUGGCCCGUCAGGUCUGCAAAAAUACCCUCCGGCUGCGGCAGGCAGCAAGACGUCCCUUUGUCCCUAUUAACUGUGCUGCCAUUAAGGCAGAAUAUGCAGAUCGACAUUGUGAACUUACUGGAAAUCCUCUGAAGAUUAAAAGCACCAGAAAACCCCUGUCAUGUAUCAUUGGGUAUUUAGAGAUACAUCCUGCUGUGAAACCAAAUGUAAUCAGGUCAACACCAAGCCUUCAAAGUCCAAGUGCAAAACGAUUACUUGCACCUUCCAAUCACUCUUCAUUAAGUAUUUUGGGAAAAAGAAACUACAGCCAUCAUAAUGGUCUUGAUGAAUCAUCCAGCCAUACAACAAGAACAAUAAUGCAUGCUGCUCCCCAUAUCCAUAUGACCAAUGGUAAGGCCUUGCAAGCCAGUGCAAGUGCCAUUAAGACAAGUACCAUUCCAGUGAUCAAGAGACAGAGGCAAAAUUGGCUUGAUGCUUCAGAAGAUGGUUUCUUUAUAGCUACAGAAGAGACCAGUGCUGAAGCAGUUAGAAAUCUUCUCACGAAAAAUCCGUAAGAAGUUCACCAGAUCACAGCUGAAAAGAGCUUCCAGAACACCUUGUUCUUCAAUCAUUGCAAAGACAAAAUCUCUCAUGAACAAUAGGCAGGCACGAACAGAGCCAGGAACCAUCAUGCACUGAAGAUAUAACAGCAUCAGCACCGUAAUAAUGUCAAAAUCAUGUUUAAUUGUGAAUGCAGAUACAACAGUACUUCACACAUCUUUGAGACAGAAACACUAUAUGGACAUAUUGUGGCUGGGUUGUGUGUUCUGGGCAGGAUCCAACAGCAGCCCUUGUUUUCCCCCACCUCUGCAAGGGCUACUUCUGGUUCGCUGUGCAGGCCUAUCCUGGAUUCCCUCUAUUCCCAAUCAUCAGUGUUAGCUGAUGAGGGAGGAACUGUUUGCACUGACCACACUGAAGGAGUAUGGAUGCAGAGUCCACCCACCACAUUUGUCCAUGCCUCCUAGUGGCUCAAUACAAAAAUAUGCAGCUUUCAAAACUAUUGCAGUGUCUUUAAAAUGGGAUUUAGCCUUGAGGGGUUGCAUUUUCAAAAACAACUACAAACUUCGUUGAUAUUUUUCAGUAUUGGUUGAAGUCACUUUGGGUUUGAUUUUCUGAACUGCUGAACAUCCAGACCCUGAAACAAGGACAAGGUGUUGUUUAGCAGUUCUGAAACUUUGAUUGAAUUAGGAAGUGCCCAUAACUAGUGGCCAAUUUUAAAAUGUAGGCCAUAUUAGCUUUGAUUAAAAUCCUGGAAAGUAUUAUGUGUGGCUGUGAACAUCCAGCUGGACUAGUUGCAUGCGUAAGAGCUAGUCCUAUCAUCUAUAUAUUUGCAAGCAUCCACUUAUUUCUUUGGGUAUUUUUUGCAUUUCUUGAAGUCUAUUCUGAAUAGUGAAAACCAGCAGAACACCAUUCCCAGAAAACAUGAAGAAAUAAACUAUUUCCUAUUAGAAAUGUCUCUCCACAAAAUAAUUUCUACAUCUUGAUAUGUCUGGAUAAAAAGAUGUCUUGCAGAAUGCUUUGAAAUUCAUAAAUGUAAGGCUACAGGUGGAUACUUACCAUGGAGAGAUGAUGUGCCUUUUGAAACUGCUUGUAGGAAACUGUCAGUCUCCCAGAAAGUGGGAAUGGCAACAGAGGCAGGUCUUUUUUCUACUCAGGUACUUACAGGUGAACAAUCUCUGUCCUACUUUGAAAUCCAGAGAAAACCAGCGUGUAGCACUGCUGUGUAAUGUGUCAAUUAUCUGAGGCAAGUUGUCCUUCAAUAGGUUUGGAUUCUGUACGGCUUUUUACAAUGUGGUCAGACACUGAAUGCGUCAUAGUAAACUGAGAUGAGCUUCAAAACUUUUUUUCCUCCCUCUUUACUACUUAGCUCUAGCGGUGUAGUAAUAAUUGUGAGGUUUUCAUCCAGUUGUGGAGGUGCACUCAGCUUUGGGGUUAGAAAGACAAAAAUGUAAGUGAUGUGUCAUACCCUCUGGGUGAUGCCCCCAAAAUUAUUUCCCCCAUGCAUUUUAUGGUUUCAGUCUGACAGAGCAUCUGUGACCUCAGCCUAUAGCUAGCUGUAUUCUCCGUGUAGGAUUUUGAGCUCUUGAGACAGAGACCCAGAUGCUUCUUCAGAGAUGAAAGCACCCUGACCUCUUGAGGGGUCUUGCUGAUGGUUUUCUGGAGUGAUGGAUCCAGGUCUUGUCCACUGUCCUUCACCAGCAAGAAAAGGGUGAUGGAGAGAUUCAUGGCAUGAAGUGCUUGCUCCUAGUGCCCUGAACACCUUAGUGAAUGUCACUGAUUUGGACACAGUUGGAGAAGACCUGUGAUUCAUCUGCUUACAGAACUUUCCAGUAGCCACUGAAGUGUACAGCCCUAGGAGUAUCUUCUAGGCACAGGAUCUGCUUCUUCCUCUCAACAGGAGGGCUCUUCAUCAGAUAGUUGAGCAGAGACAACCUACUCUUAUUAUUAAGGAUUGCCUUUAUUAACUGCAACAUGUGGAAACACCUCCUGUAUAAUACCUUCCUCACCCAUUAAAAUAAAGAAAACAUGAUUACUCAGCAAUCUGUUUGACUGAAAGUAUGAAAAACAUUAACAGAACAAGCUCCCUCAGACAUCAGUGAAAUCACACACAGUAGACUCAUUUUCGAAGUGUCAUUAGCUGUAAGGUUGUAGAUUUUUUUAUCCUGCCUUAUUAAGCUUGUACUCAAAUUAUUUCUUUAGUCAGUGUGCUCCAAUGUCUAGACAGUAUUUUGUAAAAUCUCUGUGUGUUUCUGCUUUUGACAAUAGUAUUAGUAUCCGUAAUAGUCUGAUGUGAAGUCUUUUUUUCUUCUUUCCCUCUGAGGAAAGAUAUAUUGGUAACACAGCUCCCUGUUAUGCAGCCAGCUGCCUGGUACCGUUAUCUUUUGCAUCAAACAGCCAAGGUAAGGAAGUAUCCUUUGCUGCUCCAAGCUGAGAUGCUUCAUCUGGAUACACUGGAAGUAAUUUCACCUCUGCCUAGCAAAGUCAUUUCACAGGUGGCAAUAACCAACCCUUGGGGUAGGUAAGGUAUGGAGAAGACUAAUUGCUGGAAUAACCUCUGCUGUCUUUAAACUGUUCUGCAUGCAGCUGCACAGAGACUUUGUCUCCUCUAAACUGCACAGAGUGCACAGAGAAACUGCACGCCAUGUAUUGCACCUUUGCCUUUACCUGCUCUCUCUCCAUCUUACCUUUCCUGCAAGAUGUUCUUCAGAGACGGAUACAGGAUUUACCUGUGAAUUUCAACUGAGAGUGUUGAUGGAAAAUCUGCUGAAGACAUGUUCCUGCUGCAUUUGUGCAUAAUGAUUUAAAUUUUUGUAGAAAUUGUGACACUUCUUACUACAAUAUCAUGCAAUUCCAUGCUUUCUGUUGAGUUAAAAGAUUCUUCACGGACUGUGAGCAAAGAUGACACAUUCCUGUGUAAACUGUAACAGUGUAUCCACAACAAAUCAGAGCUCUGUACUUUUUUUAAUCAAGCUUCCCAAGUUAGUUAUUUUAAAACCAGCUAACAUAUCUCAGUCAUCAGUAAUGACAUUGAGUAUAAACAUAAACCUUGUAAGCAAGGACAAGAGGUUUGGUACUUACUGUGGGUAUGAGCAAGAGAAUCUAGGCAGCAUCAGAGCUGCAUUUACUGUAUGAUUUAUUUUCCCGUUAGCUGAGUAAGAAAUCUGUCUGAAAAUUUGCCUUUCCAUUUACAAAUAUGGGGCUAGAAAACCAUGCAAAAUGCACAGUCUUUUUGUGUUCAGAGGCCUCAUAUAGAAAGUAAGAAGAUUGUUUUAACAUCUAAAAUGUCUAUGUUGCCAUUUUCAUCUAUAUAGCUACUCUGCUGUCUUGAAAUAUUGUGUAUACUGUUUUCAGAUUAUUUUUAAAGGCCCCUACUUAGAGAUGGAAAUUUUGAUUCUGUAGGAUGGAAAAGGGAGGUUUUGAAAUACUCAAGAUUGUUUGAAAUGUGUUUGUGAUAUGAAAACAACAUCUUUUAAAACAGUGUUUUGAUUAAGGGCAAAUAUAGCCUUUGUUUCUGCAGUCCAAACUUUGCAGCAUGUUAUGAAAAACUUGGAACUGGAACUGAAAUGAAGAACAAACAAGCAGUAGAAAUGGUGAAAUGGAGCCUGCACUUACAGAAUGUGCACUUUUUUAGUAAUCUAAAGUGAAAUUUUUUUUUAAUAAAUAUAAUUUCAACAGAGAUACUUUCCUAAUUAUGAAGGCUUAAAACAUGGAAUGGCUGCACAGUAAUUUCCAAUAUAAUCACAGCAUAACAUGCCACAGCCUUUGCAGAGAACAAUUAUAGUCCUUCAGAAAUACUAUAUUGCAUAGUACGAUUUACUGGACACAGUGUCUUUAUAUAUGUGUACUGCUAUGGUAAUGGAAUUGUUAGAAUCCUUUGGAAAUGUCAGCAAAAUAAUAUGCAUUUUUCAUUUUCUUUUGAAGGUCCUUUAUAAAACCUGUGUCUUCAUAAGCCAGAGGGGGUGUCAAGAGAUCUGAGUUUAUAUAACUGCACAGUGGAAUUUUUUUGAGUAAGUCAGGACUUUUUUAUUCAAAUGUUGCAUGUUGAGGGAGGAAACCUAAUUUUGGAAUACAUGGGGUUUUGGAUAAGAGUUUUGAGGUUGUACUAUAUAGUGAUCAACAAAUUUGAAGAAUAUGCUCCUGUUACUCAUAAAGAUUUAACAGUUGGUAUUGAAAUACAGUAUUGAUUAAAUAAAAACAAGAAGCAUUAAAGAGUUGUCUUUUUAAAAUUAUGUUGUUUAGACUAAAUAUUAAUUUCUCAAUGGAAUGGUAAAACUGGGAAGCUCCAUGUUGGGUGUUUGAGGAUGUGUGGAGCACCUUAGAAUGAAACAGUACUAUUUGAUUUGCAUUAAAGUGUCUUUGUGUACAAA